AAUUUUAUUAAAUCUAAAGAAAUCUUUCUCUCUGCGUGAAAGACUAAAAGAAACGAGACUCGAGCUUUCACGACAAUUAUAAACAUUAUAAUUCUUGCUACGAUAUUUAGGAUAACACCACCACCCAGGAUGCAUAAAAUGCACAACAUAAAAAACUAGUCAAACACUUAUGAUAAUCGAGUUAAGAUCUUGUUCUGUGGAAGAAAAAACAAUGCUUUCAUUGAAUUAUAUUACUACAAAAAAUAGGUCACAUCCGACAAGUACGAAAAAUUAUGUCGCUAAUGAGUAUCUGCGGAUAACACUUUCUAAAGCGUAAAGCUGCACGAGCGGAAAGAUUAAAUCUCCGCGCGAUAAUAAUUAAAACCUGAUUGCCACACCGUCGCGCUGAUAGAUGCUCGCGAGCGGGACAAAUUAUGAUAAUAAAAUUGUCAACGCGUCUCGAUCUCUCCGUUCCGAGAAACACCAAUUAUUUAUUACGCUCGUAAUAUUCAUGCGCGAGAUUGUACUACCGUACGUCGCGAGCAAGCACUCGAUGAUUGGUCGAUCAAAUAAUUUGUAUAUUGCGCCACGGGGGAAAACGCUAAUGUGACGCGCACCCAGCGCGGCCGAUAAUUAAUCCAAAAUGGCGAUUCGCGGUGGGGAAAAAAACGCGUUUACGAUGGAUAAUGAACCGCGUCGGGCGCCGCCGGUCAAGUAUGCAAAGCGAAUAACACGUUCGACUUAUGCGCGACUGUCGGUUGCGGAAGGCAGAAAGGUGCCCGAACGGCCAAUCGCAAUCAUCGCGGUGUACGGUACACAAUAUGCCGAUCGACACGUCGAUUGGUCGACCGUACGACUCCGGUGUCGCGAGGGUUGUGUCUUUCCACAUACGGACUCUGCUGUUAUUUAAUAAGCGUCCUCCGGGUAUAUUUCGAAGCGCAAUCGAGCCGUGUCCUCGAACCGCGAAACCUCUAAGAUUGUUGUCGCAGCCUUAGGUCUUUUGAUCUCUACAGGUAGCAAUUAACCCUAUGGUUAAGCUUAAAAAAAAAUUAAUGGAAUUUCUACACAGGAUGUAUUAAAAGUGUCUUUCAACUUUAACGACAGAUAAAGGAUAAAAAGUCAGCCUCGACUUUUCCUUAAUUGAAAUGUCAACGUGGACAUUUUGGCCUACGCACGCAUACGCACAAUAUUAGUUUAAAGUUAUUAAAAAUUUUAAGGCUUUUCAAAGUUAUUCUUUUUUCUUUCAAAUUAACGACAAACCUUAAUAUUUUUCGAAUUAUAAAUUGCGAGCGAUUGAGAAACUAAUUUAUGAAUUAUCUUAUUAGAAUCUUACUAUUAACUCUUUGAUGUGAAGUCGAUAAAUAUAAAUAAGACCAGAAUUAUGAUGGACUAAAAUCGGGCACUUUAUAGUUCGGUGAGAAUUCGGAGUCUCGUAAUAGACCGUUGCGAUCGUAAAAGGUCUGCGAUCGGCAGAACCAGCCUGCUCUUCUUGCGAGCGGUGCCGCGUUCCUCUCGCAACGCCCUAACGACUUCCCGAGCAACAAGAAGUAGACCACGUCGAAUAAAAUCGCGGACGCGCGCGUACGCGCUCCGGGAAGCCCCGGCAUUGUCUUAGGAGAGAAAAGUACGGCUGGCGAAGUCACGGUGAUUAGACGCCGCGAGGUGUGAAGGAUCGGGAUCGAUGGAUUCCUGGAAAGACUCGAGCGUAGGUGUAAAAAUGCCCUCGGUGGGUAAUCGUCACGCUCGGUCCGCCACAUUCUGUCCGGCCGGACGUCCCGCGGCGAGGGAGAGGUGAUGGCUCUCACCCACACACACGUAUACAUACGUACGUACGUAACGAUGAUAACGUGGUAAAGCGUGAACCGUCGGCGUCAGGAGCCGGCGAGGACCGCGUCGCUCGUCUCGUUCUCCCGCGGCGCGGCGGCGUUAGGAACAGCACGUUCCGUCGUGGGAGCGGCGAAUUCCGCUCGCAAUUAUCCGACGACGCGCGACAUUUGUUAGGGUCCUGUCGCCCGGUCGGAGUCCCGACGACGGCCUCUCGACGGGCCGGACAACCAAGUCUUGGGGCACGGAGCGCGCGCGCGCGCGCGCGCGGGGUCCCUCGAGUCGACGUUACGAAGUCACGUUCCUCGAGUUCCUCGAGGAUCGGGGUUUUGCCGGGGUUCCGCUUCACGACGCGAGAAGUCGGCGAGAAGCAAUACCCCGCGACGAUACAACGCGCCGAGAGAUCCGAGUUGCUGGCUACACUGGGAUCGAGAAUUGGAACUGACGUAAUCACGGAACAAAGUUUCGCCUCUCGAAAGGCAACUCGGAUGCAAAUUCAAUCUUACGACGUGGGUAACAAAACGCAAUUGGCGACGGAGCGGAGAGCCACCGCCUUUGCCGUCGCGAAUGAUAUAUCGUGGAUUUACGCGCUCGGCACGUCGAUUGAAUUUAAUUACGGAAAUACACGCGGCACACUCACGAUCGUUCUAACGCGCGCGUCGCGCCGUGUCGCGGUGAAGAAAUACUGCGGAUAGGAGCGAGGACAUCUAAGCGUGCCGUGUCGUCGUCGUGCGAUCGAUGAAUAAUAAAACACCCGAACGAAUGCCGGAGGGGCCGCCGGAUGCCGCCGACUUGUCGUGCCCUCCCGCUCUCAAUGCGACGUUGAUAAAUAAUUAUUGGGCUAUAGACGUGGGCAUUUACAAGCAGGUGCGCAUUCGAAGAAAGGCGGCGGCAUUUCGCGACACCUGGUGCUGAUUACCGUCGGGCGAAAUCGUCGGCGCGAGCGAGCGCGCAGCGACUUAAGCGGCUGGCUAAAUUGCCGCGUUAUUCCUGUAAACCGCGGCUAUCCCCACGACUGUCCAAUUACCGGACGAGAUGGCGAGUCCUAUCUCUGUCUCUCUCUCUCUCGCGCUCAGGCGAUACACGCGUUCCGCGCGCGCGGCGACUCGGGAUCGCGGCUUUUUUUCCGCCGACGACGGCGUGCACCGUUAAGGACGGAUAAUGAGACGAGUCGCGCGAGACGAGAAACCCUUCGCGCGCGCGCGCGCGCGUCAUCGCAUUACCGCAAGCUACCGGCGCACGCGGUAGCGCAAUUUCAACAUACAAAACCCGGGGUGAAGCCCGACGGUGAUGACCCCGAACCUCCAUUAGAUUUAUGCAUAGUCGCAACGUUGCGCUCCAAUCGCGCGAUUCCAAGGGGGUGCUGCAGCCCAAGGCGCGCUUGCAUUCAGCGAGCGAGCCACGCGAUUCCGCGCUCCUCCUUAUCUUGAGCGACCGUUUUGUUGUUAUUAAUGUUAUCUUACGUUACGUUCAUCCGCGAUGAUAGAUGCUCGCGAAAGUGGGGAUUACAAAUAAACGGCCGGCGUCGAUCGGAGAGUCGCGUGCGGAUCAUCGCGGUAGGACACACAUCGCCGAUAAUUGAUCGAGUCGCUUAUUUUUCUUAAUUAUGCGUGCCGGGAUGUUACGAGUGUUAAAACGAGCGUAUUAAUUAAGGCGCUUUGAAUAGGAGUGGUGGGAUCCCGGUUACGUGACACGCGAUAUUUACUCGGCCGGUGGUACUUACCUGCAUCGCCGAUGCACGCACGGCGACGGAGCUAAUUAUACGGGAAAUGUAAAAAAGGAUACCGCGCGCCCGAGGAAUAUGAAAUGAGCGAUGAACAGCAAGAAACGAGGCUAUUCAAUGAUCAACAUCGACAAGUUGCAUAACUUAUCGUACGAAACUUCUUAUCUCUUGUUAUUACGUUUUUUUUCUAAAUUAUUGAUUGAAUUUAUUUUGAAUUCUUUCAAUGCGCUUUAAUAAUACAUCUUGUUAUCAUUAACAUAACUGGAUUAUUUAACGUGAGAAUUGGUAUAUUAUCGUAAUUUCGUGUCGAUGAAAUUAAAGAAAUUUGAGAAGAGAAGUAAAAAUAAGAAAUAUAUGCCUUUUAAUACGUCUGAAUACUAAUAUCCACUUUUCUUAUGCUAAUAUUAAUCUCCCUAAACAUGUAAUUUAUGGUUGAAAUUAUUUCCACAACGUCAUAAUCGAUUGUGAUUUGAAUAAAAUUACGGCGUCAUUUGGAGAUCUUCACUUUUUGAGCGAUCCGAAUCUAGAUUCCGUGGCGUCUUCCUAGCAACGCGCGCCGAACAAAAUAACGCAUCAAUAACAACAACUCAGUUAUCUCCGGACAGGCUAUCGACGAGCAACACAUUCCAUCCUCUCUUCCCAAAAUCAUAUUUGGCAUCUUGAUAAAACCGAUUUUUAUCGGUUAUUAAAUCUUCUUAAGUGAUUAUUUAAGCGCGCCGGCUUAAAUGUGCCGUCUCCAAGUGUACGGGUUCACCGAGUCUUAAGUUAUCUUAGCGUCGUCGUACAUUUCAAGAAGUCGCCGCAAAGGAGUCACCGCCACCAAUACAGAAUCUUCCAGAUUAUCACGGAUUGCGCCAGAUGAUAAGCGGAUCGCUGAGAUUAGCAUCGGCGACGAUCUUCUUGCGACCCGCGACCUCCUCGAGCUCCUCGGAUGUGGCUACUAAAAUCCUGACGAGAACUGCUCAUGAGACGGCACAUAACGGCAUUAUCCAUCUUGGAAUAUCUUGAAAGGACGGAAGAGACGAGAAAGGGUGAAGUAUGACGAAGCCAAAGAUGUCGGCCCUAGUGGCCUCCGCUAUUCGCAAUCUGCGGGAAAUUCGUGGUUCCACGUCGAAAGAAAUUAUGAACUACAUCAAAUCUCAAUACACGGGGUCGGAUGCCAACAUACAAAAGCAGAUAUUCGCAGCCUUGAAACGCGGCCUGGACUACGGUAUCUUGAAGAGGGACCGUGGUUAUUACAGCCUGAAUACGGAUCCUGAAAUGAUGUACAAAGCGCAUACCGUGGCGCCCUUGGAGCAAGGCAGGAGGCGAAGGAGACGAAGGAGGCGACGACGUGGCCGUGGAGUAUCGCGAAGGCGAAGACCAAGUCGCCGAGGCCGCAGGAGGCGAGGCAGGGCCCGGGGCAGAGGCAGAGGCAGAGGCAGGGGCAGAGGCAGGGGCAGGAGGAGGAGGAGGAGAAGCAGAAGCACAAGAAGCAGAGGAGGAAGUCCUCCGGCCGCGCCGCCUAGAACGAGGUCUCUCGCGGCCAGAUGCAACAAGUGCACGUUCAGGAAACGCACGGAGGACACCUUGAGGAACUCCCCGGUGGAGAAUCUCCGAAAGGACAUGACUUAUUUGUAUAAUAAGGGCACUAACCAGACGCCGUCCAGACACCACAGCCGUAGUCGGGAUCGAAGUCAGACGCGGAGCCGAUCGAGUAGCAGUGACAAGGAGAUGAUUGACGACCGAAAUCGCGAUCAACCGUGAUACAUCUGCGAAAGGAUACUGCGAAUCUUAAUCCUUCGCAGUCGUACGUCGUCCACGUAAAAUUGACAUUUUGAAAUUUUUAUAUCAUUAAAAAACUUUUAUUCGGGUACAUCAAGAGAGAAAUGUAUUACACUUUCUAUUAUUUUGUACAUUAUUUUGUAAAAUUCGGUUUGACUCGUAACAGGAAGCAAAUUUUUAUCAUCUUUUAAUCGAGACUGCAAAGGAUUAAUUGUUCGACGCGGUGGUUAUCAAUCACAGUGACGCGGAGAUAACUCUCACGGAUUUAGAUUUUGUUUUAUUUUUUGCGAUAAAUUACAACGGUCGAAAUGUACGUCGACAGCGAGUCUUGUUUGUAGUCUUCGACUUUUUACAAAUUUUGUGUUUCCUUUACAUUGAAUUAUAUACUGUUGUAUCAUCAA